UCUCGGCGAGCCAGCAUCUCUGGUGUUCCGAUUCUUCGCCACGGCCUUAGAGAUCUCGUCGUCGUCUACAGUUCUGUUUACGUCUCGACACAAUACCAACUUUUAUAGUAGCUUUUGAAACCUCACAACAAUUAUCCGAUUUUGUCUUGAGUAAUAACAAAUAAAAUUUAAUUUAAUAUAUUUUUACUCAUAAUUAAAAAAUAAAAUAAAAUACCUAUUGGUCGAUAAAAUAAAAAUGUUGAAAUAUGUGGCACUUAGACGUUUGUGGUAGGCAAAUCACAGCGCAUUAUUAUUCCGAUUUCGUUUAAGUGUUUUUUUUUUUUUUUUUUUUUUUUUUUUUUUACAAAGUACCACGCCGUUCAGUGCUACUAGUGCUGUAAAACCCGCAGGACACGAUGAGUGGUGUUAUGUAUUCGGAACUGAUCCCGCGUCUCUGCUACCCUCAGGAAGUCCCUCAGCAGGCGCAGGGAGAUGGGUGUUCCGAUGGUUACCACAGUCCAGUGUCUAGCCCCGGGAGUCUCUACUCUUCCCCGUACACCCCCACACCUCCGCCCCAGGGAUCCUGCACCGUGGUGCGGUACCCGGAUCCGACUCACAAGGGCGACUCCGCGGUUUGGAUCCACGGGAAGGACUACGUGCAGAACAACUACGGGAGGUACUACGAGGAAGUGCGGGUGCCCGAGGAGUGGUGCUAUCCUGCCGCGAGGCUGGCGUCGUGGCCCGGGGAGAGCGACGGGGAUGAUGGACCCGCGAAGAAGAGGGUGGAUACGGAGUCUCCCGGCGUGGAGGUCAUGAAGAGGAGGAGGCUCGCCGCCAACGCGAGAGAACGCAGAAGGAUGAACAGUCUGAAUGACGCCUUCGACCGCCUCAGGGACGUGGUGCCUUCGCUGGGGAAUGACCGCAAGCUGUCCAAGUUCGAGACCCUCCAGAUGGCCCAGACAUACAUCUCAGCCCUGCACGAACUCCUGCAGAGAGACUGAGAGGUGGUAGUUGUCAUGUGACAGUUUACAGACUAACACUCCCCGGAGAUGUUGUAAGUACAGUAGUGCGAUUUAUUGUGUAACUGGUUGUUUACAAUAACAAACUUACAUAACAAAUAACUUAAACGUCUUGAAAUCGAAAUAAUUCAAUUUUAAAUUGUAUAAAUCAAUUAAUAAUCUAUAGAUAUGCAAAUAUGGGCAUCAAAGUAAAUAAUACACUUAAAAAUACUGUAAACAAUAUUUAUUGAUAACUUUUUAAUUUAUU